AGAGAGAGAGAGAGAGAGAGACAGGAGGGCUCUCAACUACAUCUGGAAUUUAUUGGGAACAGAGAGAGAGAGAGAGAGAGAGCAUGAAGAAUGAAAGAUCAACAGUAUAAUACGGAAUAACAGUGGAAUACGAAGCAGACAUCUGCUCUCAUAAUGGAAGUCUAGGAAUCUUUUAGACAUUAGGAAUCUCACUUAUAAACCAAAGAGAGGAACUCCGUCUCAUGUGGAAUUUUAAAGAGAGCUGAAGGAGGGAACCAGUCCAGGAUAGAGCCGAGGAACCGAAGAGCACCAGAACCUCAACUCUGAACAAACUCAUCCUCUGGCAGCUGGUGAAGACCAACGGCGACGAUCCGGACCGAAACCCCUCGGGAAAUUCCUAAAGGAUUCCUGGAAAAGGUCUGAGUUCCUGUCUGCAACCCCCCCCAAACCCCCACCUCCUCCUCGUCCUCCAGCAGGAUGGGUGUGUCCCGGGGCUGUCUGUGCUGCGUCAAAUACCUCAUGUUCAUCUUCAACCUCAUCUUCUGGCUGGGUGGGUGUGGCCUGUUUGGAGUAGGGGUGUGGCUUUCCAUCCGCCAGUCUGAGAUUUCGUACCUCCCGCUGUCCUUCCCGUCGCUCUCUGCGGCCAACCUGCUGCUGGUUGCCGGGGGCGUUACCAUGGUGACGGGGUUCCUGGGCUGUCUGGGCUCUCUGAAGGAGCAGCGGUGUCUGCUGAUGACGUUUUUUGUGAUCCUCCUCCUUCUGUUCCUGACCGAAGCAGCGCUCAUCCUCAUGCUGGGGCUCUUCCACAAAGAGAUCGACGAAAAAGCGAAAGAGGACUUGAUAAACGAAAUGAUGAAAUACGACAACAACACCGAGCUAAAAAAGUCCUGGGACAACAUGCAGAGGAUCUUUAAAUGCUGCGGCGUGAACAACCACACUGACUGGAACCGCUGGACUAAUCAGCGACCGCACCCUGAGUCCUGCUGCAGAAAGGACACAAACCCAUGUUACCGCUGGGAGGAGCCGUGUUAUAAGAAGGCGAAGGCGUUGGUCCUGGACAACAUCACCUGGGUCCUGGGUUUCGGAGUGUGUCUCGUCAUUGUGCAGAUCCUGGCUCUGGCCUUCUCCAUGCUGAUGUACUGCCAGAUCCUCCGAGUGGAAAAGUACACGGACUGAUCCUGCGGUUUAAUAACAGAAAAGAAAAUUCCACCCCAUCAGCACUCCAAACUCCACAAACUGUGUUUUAUUCAUUUAGAUCUACGUCCAAGAGGUUUCUCAGCUGAACUUUCUUACCUGUGCGUGAAGUAUAUUAACAUCGGUGUCCAUGCAGAUGUAAAAGUCUGUGAAGGGCAGGUGAAGUGGUUCACUCUGAUACUGCACAUUUUAAUCAUUAAUAAUCUGCGUGUACUGAUCACAUUUAAGACUUUGAUUUUUCCGAGAGCGAUGAUGGAGAGGAGGUGAAAGAUUGUCGAUGCUCUGUAGAUUGCUGUUGUUUUGUUUAAUAAAGUGUUAUCGAAUAUUAA